AUGCAUCACUAUUAUCCCCCGAAAAAUUUCACGGAUCGGUGUUGGCAACCGGACCAAGGCAUCGGAAUUGUCCCUUGUUCAUCCGUAUGCUUCACAUUGGUCGAAAGGAUUGACGGUGAGGAUUACAUUUCCGAACAGCACGGAGUGAUACGUGGAUGUAUGGACCGGCUUCUUCUAUUUGGAUUGGAUGAUGACGUCAGAAACAUUCUAAAUGCUUACGAACAACAAAGGAUAUGCAGACAUACGGAUAGAAAGCUGUUAAGACUAUUCCCAUUAUCCGGACAGACUGAUGUGGUAACAUUUUGCUCGUGUCAAGGUGACUUCUGUAAUGAUCAUGAUAUGCUCCGUGAGCUCUCCUCAUCCAAUUCUCAACACUUCCAUGUCAUCGUACUCUUCAUUGCCACGUGGAUCUUCCUACUGUACUAA